AUGAGCGACAAAGAAUUGAAAUAUGUCGACGGCGAGGCCCGCGGCUCGGCCGAAAUCCAGCCUGGAACGGUGUCUGACAACGCGGACAAACUGCAACGGCGGCUCAACAAUCGCCAAAUCCAGCUGAUUGCCAUCGGGGGCUCCAUUGGCACCGCGCUGUUUGUGAGUAUCGGCGGUGGGCUGGCCAAAGGAGGCCCGCUCAGCCUGUUCCUCGCGUACACGAUCUACAGCUGUCUGCUGGGAACAGUCAACAACUGCAUCGCCGAGAUGAUUGUGCUGCAGCCCGUUUCCGGCGGCUUCAUUCGGCUGGCGGGCAAAUGGGUGGACGACGCGUUCGGCUUCAUGGCCGGAUGGAACUUUUUCUUCUACGAAGCGCUGCUGAUCCCGUUCGAGAUCACCGCGCUGAAUCUGGUGGUGUCAUUCUGGACGGACGCCAUCCCCACGGGUGCCAUAUGCGCUAUUUGCAUCGUGCUCUACGCACUUCUGAACAUCCUAGCUGUGCGAGCGUACGGGGAAGCCGAGUUUUGGCUCUCCGGCGGCAAGGUGAUCCUGAUCAUCAUGUUGUUCUUCUUCACCUUCAUCACCAUGGUGGGCGGCAACCCGCAGCACGACGCGUAUGGGUUCCGGUACUGGCGCAACCCGGGCCCGAUGGCCGAACACCACACGACAGGCUCCCUCGGCCGGUUCGAAGGGUUCCUGGCGGCGCUGUGGUCGGCCUCGUUCACGGUCGUGGGGCCGGAAUACAUCGCGAUGGUGGCGGCGGAGGCGAAACGGCCGCGGAUCUACAUCAAGAACGCGUUCAAGACGGUCUACUGGCGGUUUGGGCUGUUCUUCAUCCUGGGCGCGCUGUGCGUCGGCAUCAUCGUGCCGUACAACGACCCGACGCUGGUGGGGAUCGUCAGCGGCACCAAAUCCGGCGGCGGCACGGCGGCGGCGUCGCCGUACGUGAUCGCGAUGGAGAACCUGGGAGUCAGCGUGAUGCCGCACAUCACCAACGCGCUGAUGUUGACCAGCAUCUUCUCCGCGGGCAACACGUACACGUACUGUUCGACGCGCAGCCUGUACGGACUGGCGCUGGAGGGCCGGGCGCCCAAGUUCCUGACCACGGUCACGCGGCGCGGCGUGCCCAUCUGGGCCUUCUGCGUCGUCAUGCUGUUCCCGCUGCUGUCGUUCCUGCAGGUCUCCAGCGGCUCCUCCACCGUGCUGACCUGGCUGGUCAACCUGAUCACCGCCGGCGGCAUCAUCGACUUCAUCGUCAUGUGCGUCACCUACCUGUGCUUCUACCGCGCCUGCAAGGUCCAGGGCCUCGACCGCCGCACGCUCCCCUACACCGGUUGGUUUCAGCCGUAUUGCGGCUGGAUCGGCCUGACUGGCAUGACCCUCGUCGUCAUUUUCUACGGCUACUCCGCCUUCACCCCCUGGGACGUCGGCACCUUCUUCUCCUUCUACACCAUGGUCAUUGUCGCCCCGCUCCUCUUCGUCGGCUGGAAGCUCAUCAAGAAGACCCGCUUCGUCCGUCCCGAAGACGCCGAUUUGGUGUGGGAGGCUCCUAUUGUUGAUGCCUACGAGGCCACUUUUGUCUCGCCCCCCAUUGGCUUUUGGACCGAGAUGCUGCAAUUGGCUGGCUUGAAGCGCAACAAAACCGACGACCGUCGCACUUCGAUCGAAUCUUGA